CUCCCAUGAUGCACCGUGAGUGGUCAUCCAAAAUGGCUGACGCUAAAACCCCAAAAUGAAAACUCGAAUAACUAUUAUACUGUAGAUUCUCGCAAAGGAAUACGGCUCCUUUAUCUUUAUAAUGAGUAAAGUCUUGAAGAAAUCAAUGCCAAGGAUUCUAUCUUAGGCUGUGGAGAUGCUUCGGGUCGUAGGAGCAUUGAAAGUGGAUGUUUGCUUGAAAUGCUCUCAAAGAGCCUUGCAGCAACAGGUAAAGAAGCAGCUUAUGUCAAGAUAUGGGUCAGGUAGACCCUAUCAUCGAUACUACCUACACACCGUACUGCAGAUGAACAAAAGAAAUGUCAUGCAUCUAAGGACAUUGCAGCCCAAGUCACAAUUACUUAUGACCAAGUUGCUGAUAAACAAGAGUUUGUAUGGGCAAAGGGCAAUCACCACACACAUUAUAAAGACUGUGGUCCGGCUUGCAAGGGUCCGCUACCUGGUACUAGGAACGGCUGGAGCCGGAGCAGUGGCAGGAAAAAUGACGUAUAAUUCAUUGAGGGACAGAUGGGAGCAAUUCAGAGAGACUCUUCCUGAUCUCACAUGGAUUACAGAUGUGCUCCCUGGAGACCAAUUUGGCUCCUCACUUUCUAAUUACUGGGCGGAAGGUAAAACAUCACUGGGCAAUAUGACUGAUGGUGCCAAAAACUCGCUGGAUAAUCUUCUUGCAUCAGAUUUCCUCCCUGGAGACCAAUUUGGCUCCUCAAUUUCUAAUUACUGGGCGGAAGGUAAAACAUCACUGGGCAAUAUGACUGAUGGUGCCAAAAACUCGCUGGAUAGUCUUCUUGCAUCAGGUCAAACAUCACUGGGCAAUAUUACCGAUGGUGCCAAAGAAUUCCUGGAUAGUCUUCUUGCAUCAGAAGCUAGUCCACCGGUUCUCACUGCGGCCAUGCCCCGUGGGGAUCCCUCCACAGAUUCAAGUACGGAGGAGUCAUCCUCCAGCAGCACCUCAAAAGGUCCUACAAAGUCUUCAAUGGACAAGAUGCAUGAGAGGCUUGAAAAGUCACAAGAUGAGCUGAUAGAUCUGCAGCAACGUUACCAGCGUGAAAUUGAGAAACUGGAGAAAGAUAACAGAGAAUUGAGAAAGCAGCUGAUAAUACUGAAAGGAGACACCAUACCCACCCAAAGAAAGAUGAAGAAAUCUCUGAUUGACAUGUACUCUGAUGUGCUGGAUUUGCUUGCUGAGUAUGAUGUCAGUUACAACACCACAGAUCACUUGCCACGGGUUGUAGUUGUGGGUGACCAAAGUGCUGGAAAAACAAGCGUAUUGGAGAUGAUUGCACAAGCUCGAAUCUUCCCAAGAGGCUCAGGCCAGAUGAUGACUAGAUCACCAGUUAUGGUUACCUUGAGCGAGGGUCCAAAUCACAUUGCACAAUUCAAAGGAAACUCUCGUCAGUUUGACCUUACUCAGGAGAAAGAGCUGAAAGAUCUUCGCCAUGAAGUUGAGCUCCGCAUGAAGAGAAGUGUCAAGCAAGGGCAGACAGUCAGCCCUGAGGUAAUAUCUAUGACUGUUAAAGGCCCUGGUUUGCAUCGGAUGGUUCUUGUUGACUUGCCUGGUAUAAUUGGGACCACAACCACAGGCAUGGCAGAGAGCACUAAGAGUGAUAUACUUGAUAUCAGCAGGAGAUACAUGGAAAACCCAAAUGCUAUCAUUCUCUGUAUCCAAGAUGGUGCUAUUGAUGCAGAGAGGAGCAAUGUAACAGACCUCGUCAGUAGCAUGGACCCUCAAGGAAAGAGGACAAUCUUUGUCUUGACCAAGGUUGACCUAGCGGAGCAGAAUGAGACCAGUCCCAGUAGGAUCAAGCAAAUUCUUGAGGGAAAUCUGUUUCCAAUGAAGGCACUUGGCUACUUUGCUGUUGUAACAGGAACAGGCAAUACGAGUGAAAGCAUUGAGACUAUUAAAACAAGUGAAGAGGGUUUUUUCAGAACCUCAAAACUGUUCAAGUCAGGCGUAUUCAAGGCAAGUCAAAUGACAACACAAAACCUUAGUUUCGCUGUCUCUCAGUGCUUUUGGAAAAUGGUGAGAGAGUCCAUAGAGCAGCAAGCUGAUGCUUACAAAGCUAAGCGAUUCAAUCUAGAGGCAGAAUGGAAGAACCACUUCCCAAAACUUCGAGAGCUAGAUAGGAGUGAGCUGUUUGACAAGGCCCGUAGUGAAAUGCUUGACGAGGUCCUCAGUCUCAGUGACAUCAGCCCUCAGCAGUGGGAGGAGAUUAUCUCAAAGCAUCUAUGGACUGCUGUGUCGACCCACUUCAUUGAGAACAUCUACCUACCCGCAGCACAGUCCAGCUCUGCCAGUAACUUCAAUACUGCAGUUGACAUCAAGCUGAAGCAGUGGGCGGACAGACUACUCCCUCAACUGUCUGUCCAGGUUGCAUAUGAUACGCUAUUUGAGGAGUUCUACAAGGCCCAACAGGUGACCAAGGAGGCCAAGAGUGAGAAAGACAAGAACAUUCACUUAUUUGAAGAAUUGAAGGACAAGGUGUCGACUGAGUGCAAGCGAAGUCAUCACUGGCAACCCAAGGCUACUGACAGCCUGAGAGUGAUUCAACUGACUGCCCUUGAGGACUGGUCCGUAUCAGACAAACAACAGUGGGAUUCAGCCAUCAAGUUCAUGGAAAACACCUUGCAGGAGAAGCUGGACCAAGCUUCAGCACAGAUCCAUGAGUUGACAGGCCCUGGCGCAUGGGAGCGGUGGGUUUACUGGAAAUACACAACCCACACUCAGCAAAACAGAUCAUUUAUCAAGGAGGAACUCCAGCGCCUGCUACAGGCUAGAGAGCAUCACGAGCCUAUCUUAUCCGGGGACGAACUCACCACUGUUCGCAAGAACCUUGAGACAGUAAACAUAGAAGUGGAUAAUGAUUUGAUAAAUGAGACAUGGGACCAGUUGUACCGGGAGCACUUCCUAAGGCAGGCGCUGGCAGGGGCACAGGAAUGCCGGGGUGCCUUCUACAGAAGAGAUUCUGUCAAAAACGAGCUCGAGUGUAAUGAUGUUGUCCUGUUUUGGAGAGUUCAGAAGAUGCUGCAUACCACUAGCAAUGCAUUGCGACAGCAAAUCAUGAACCAGGAAGCUCGGCGGCUUGAGAAAGAGGUCAAGCAGAUUUUAGAUGAGGUUGGCGGUGAUGAGGGUGAGAAGGCCCGUCUUAUCCGCGGCCGGCAGGUGGAGCUUGCUGAGGAACUGAAGCGAGUUCGCCAUAUUCAGGACAGCUUGGAGCAGUUUAUAGAAGCGCUUAACAGCUGAAGCUAUCUAGCAUUGUCGUCAGAAUACGCCAAGAAUAAGGACAACUCGCUUGUGAAUUUACUCAGCUCAAGUCCUUAAGCGCUGAUAUUAAAUUUUAAUACUAGUUUUGUUGUAAACAAUGAAUGAACAUGGAAUGGCAAUUCAAACUGAAAAGAAAAGUUGUGGGUGUAACCUAAAUAAACAAUAUUAAAAACAAGGAGACA